AUGCACCGUUCUCUGGCCGCCCUCUACCUCCUUCUCGUCGCCGUCCCACACGCGAGCGCGUUCCUCUUCGGAGGCGGAUGCUGCAGUGCUCCGAUAAUCAGCUCUCCGUGCUGUGGAGGAGCCACCAGUUGGGCGUACGCUCCCCCCCAAAUCAUCGGAUACGAAAGGGUGAGAAGCAGUUGGAACAAGAUGAAGCGAAAGAAAUCUUUCAGAUCCCCCUGUACGCCAAGGUUCCAAUGCCACCACCACCACCGCCACCAUCUUAGUAAGUACAGUGUUUGGGUUUCGGUACCUUUGUGAUUUAACUGUGUGACUCUAACUUGUUAACAGACUAAUAACCCUUUCAGUCCGCGUUUAAGACCAACCCCAAGUGUCCAACCUCAGUCCCAACCGUAAGUGUCUCAACUCUAUUCUUCUAUGUUUCUUUCCCUAAUCCCAGUUACUACUACCCGCCUGCACCACCAAUGCCACCACCUCCUCAAUCUUAUCAACCCUAUGAACCUUCUUACAUCCCACCGGUUUCUACUACUUACUCAACUCGCGUUUCCCCUCCCGGCGAUCAAUACAACGACGAAGAUGUCAUGUACUCACCCUCGCCUAACAGUUUCUUUGUUUCACUCACUAUUUCAGCGUGAUCGAGACGGACGACGCUCGGAAUCGUCGAAUGUACUCUCACCGUAGAGUGUAUGUAACUUAUCGCAUUACACUCCCAGCUAUUCAAGAUCUCACCCAAACUCUCACUCUCUUUGUUUCAGCGUUCAACCGCCACCGACCGGCUACGUCUCGCAACCCGUCGCCCCUCAGGCACGUCAUUCUUACACCGAUAAUCUCAUUCGGCAAACAUUCUUUACACAUCUUCUUUCAGGGAUAUAGUUAUCAACCACAACAACCGAUUGGCGGGCCCGUCGAGCAGGGAAUCGAGGUUUCGGUAAGUGUGAGAAUAAUUAUAAAAUUAGAAAGAACAAAGAUCGCCUCUUUUCUCUCUUUCAGCCAGACCAAAUCUCUUCUGGCUACCAGCCACAGCAACUCAGUUCUGCCGGCAACAGUGCCAUUCCGACGUCCGACUUCGGAUCGCAGUCCUCCUCCGGACUCAUUGACUCUUCCGUCGGAUCGCUUCAGUCCGCCGUCUCCAACACCGCCUCCAACGCUGCGUUCGAAGCCGCCGGAAUCGCCCCGAGCGCUCGUCGUCUCCGAAAGUUCAAGAACUAG